UCCCUUUAUUUUGAUAAAACACGAAAUUUGAUUUACUUGAGAGCGAUAAUUUUUAAACUUAUUUGGGUGCUAUCUUAUUCCUGGUCUGUUUCGUCCUCAUAAAGCGGCAGUGAAGUGAAACUAUCUCUAUAGAAGAUUGUGUGUUUUGUUUCUUCCUCAGAUAACCCAUACAAGGUGACAGUCUCAUUGGACCGUUAUAUCAACCGCCGAGAGAGACGGCUUACUAAUGGGUGUCUUGUGAGAUUAGAUGGAACUGAUACGGACAUGGAAAGAAAAUUGACAUAGUCCGUUAUAAAUCAGCCUUAAAAAGUACACUGGGUCUGAUUUAGACACGGACUCAGGAGCUGGCAAUAAGUAUAACCCCGACACUUGGAAAGGCCUGUCGGAUGAUCCAGACACACGGAAAGGACCUUCAGAUGGACGCUAAGAUCCAGACACACGGAAAGGACCUUCAGAUGGACGCUAAGAUCCAGACACACGGAAAGGACCUUCAGAUGGACGCUAAGAUCCAGACACACGGAAAGGACCUUCAGAUGGACGCUAAGAUCCAGACACACGGAAAGGACCUUCAGAUGGACGCUAAGAUCCAGACACACGGAAAGGACCUUCAGAUGGACGCUAAGAUCCAGACACACGGAAAGGACCUUCAGAUGGACGCUAAGAUCCAGACACACGGAAAGGACCUUCAGAUGGACGCUAAGAUCCAGACACACGGAAAGGACCUUCAGAUGGACGCUAAGAUCCAGACACACGGAAAGGACCUUCAAAUGGACAUUAAGACCCAUAAAAGAAUGUGACUGGGAGAUGAGAUAGUUAACUCUUAUGAUAAUGGACCUAAAUUAAAUCUUUGUUUCCC